UUACUGUUGAAGUAGAACAGUCUGUUGUGCACUGAAUUUCUGGUUUUCAGACAGUCAUAAAGAUGGACCCCAAAUUAGAGGGCUUCAUUGAUUGUCACACACAUCUUUCGGACCCGGUGUUUGAAAAUGACAUCCAAUAUAUCUUGGAUAAUGCUCGAAAAUCUGGUGUGGUCGCUGCUCUUGUUUGUACAGAAACGCCGGCCGAUAUCCCCGUAGUACUACGUCUUUGUGAAAAGUUUCCAUAUAUAUUGUUACCUUGUCUAGGGGUCCAUCCUGUACAGAAAGAUUCUGAUGGCGUCGAACGAUGCGUCAGUCAAAAAGAUCUGGACGAAGCCAUAUCCGAGAUAGAGAAACAUACCGACAAAAUUUGUGCCAUUGGUGAGGUGGGAUUAGAUUUUCAACCUCGAAUUACACCAAACCCGGAACACAAGGAAGCUCAGAGAAAUGUGCUUAAAGCUCAAGUGGAAUUGGCAAAUAGAUACAAUUUACCUUUGAAUGUGCAUUCACGGUCUGCUGGAAGACCAGCAAUAGCUGCCCUGAAAGAAUUUGGGGCCAGAAAAGUUCUCAUGCAUGCUUUUGAUGGUCGACCUAGCAUUGCAAUGGAAGGUAUAAAGGAGGGAUAUUUCUUCUCUGUUCCUCCAUCUAUUGUACGAAGUGAACAGAAAGUCAAACUUAUUAAGCAGCUGCCAAUGGAGCAGAUUUUACUUGAAACCGACAGCCCUGCAUUGAGUCCUGUGAAAGGAGAACGGAACGAACCUUCCAAUGUACAAAUAUCCUGUGGCCACAUUGCCAAAGUGAAAGGUUUAUCUCCGGAGGAAGUGAGAAGAAUUACAACACAAAAUGCAAUUAAACUUUUUCCUAUGCUGAAAGAUAUUCUGAAAUAAAAAUAUGUUGAUGUCUCAGACUGA